AAUCAUAUGUUCGAAUCCCGCCAAAUAUUGUAAAUGUAAAGUGAUCGCUUUGUAAACAGCUGAUUAAGAUCAGACUUGAACGGACUUGUUAGAGAAUCUUCGGUUGCAACCUGUCAUAUAAAAAUGGAGUCGCGAACGAUAUUAGAUUGUUCGCAUUAAUUGACCUAGAAAAAUGCUUUAUAGUUAUUAAUUAAAUUUAUAAGAGAUUUUCGGCAAAACAUGGCAAAUUCGGCUAAUAGAAUCGUCGUACUAAUCGACAUGGAUUGCUUCUUCUGUCAAGUUGAGACGAAGCUGCAACCACAACAUGAAGGAAAACCGCUCGCUGUCGUUCAAUAUAAUCAAUGGAAAAUGGGCGGUAUAAUAGCUGUCAAUUACGAGGCACGGAGUUUUGGAGUAACCAGACACAUGAGGGGCAAGGAAGCUAAAGAAAAAUGUCCAGAUAUAGUUUUAGCUAGUGUGCCAUGUCUUCGUGGAAAAGCAGAUACAUCAAGAUAUAGGAAAGCUGGUCGUGAGGUUAUUGAAGUCAUAAAAAAACACUGUAAUGUGAUAGAACGUGCUAGUGUUGAUGAGGCAUAUCUUGAUAUUACAGAUAUUGUUGAUAAGAGAUUUACCACAACUAAUAUUUCCCCAAAGGAACUAAUAUCAUCUCUUGCAAAUACAUACAUUGUAGGAUAUUCAGAAAUUAAUAAAAAUGAUGAAGAAGAAAGAUCUGAAGGGCUACUGACUUGGAUAUCGGACUCUUUUAAAGAACUGCAUGACACUCAAGCUCAGAAACUUGCUGUAGCUGGUGUAAUAGUUGAAGAGAUAAGGGCUAGUAUAUAUAAAGAAACUAAUUUUAGAUGUUCUGCUGGAAUUUCACAAAAUAAAAUAUUAGCAAAAUUAGCAUGUGGAUUACAUAAACCGAAUUGCCAAACAAUUUUACCUGAGGCAGCCGUUCCAAAACUUUAUUCCACACUGCCAGUAAAAAAAGUUCGAAAUCUUGGUGGAAAAUUCGGCGAUGUUGUGGUCGAAUCUCUUAGUUGCAAUGUUAUGGGAGAUUUAUUGCAAUAUUCCAUAGAAGAAUUACAAAAACGAUUUGAUGAAAAAACAGGUUUUUGGCUAUACAAUCUUGCACGAGGUAUAGAUGACGAACCUGUCACUAACAGAUUAUUGUCAAAAUCUAUUGCUGCAUGUAAGAAGUUUCCUGGAAAGCAAGCUAUUACUUCCUUAGAAGUGUUAAAGCAUUGGGCUGGAGAUUUGGCUGCGGAAGUUUGUGAACGGCUUGAACAAGAUUUUGAGGAGAAUCAGCGACGCGCGACGUUACUCACUAUCUUUUAUCAUUACUAUCAGAACAGAAGUAUUGUAUCACAAACACGUUCGCUCGUUUUGAAUUCAUACAAACCAGACAAAAUAGCAAGUCAAUGUGUGGACGUUAUUACCAAGGCAACACAAUGUCCAGUGGCAUAUAUGGGCAUUUCUGCUAGUAAAUUUAUACCGUCAAAAGAGAGUGGUAGUUUCCUAAAAUUUUUCACAAAUAUCAGAUCGAAAGAUAAAGAAAAUGACAAGGCAGACUCUAAAACUGAUAAAUUGGAAAAUUUGUCUAGAGAUAUGAUAAAUUCUUCAGCUAAUUUAGAAAUAAAAGAAGAAAAGCUAUUUACUAUUAAUAAAGAAGAUACAUUUUUAAGAACGGAAGAGAAACCUAAUAAAAUUAAAGAAUCUGCUUUGAUCAAAGAAUCAAUCGCAACGACAAGCAAACCGAUGAUUAAAACAAGUAAGAAAGUCCCCAAUAAUUCAUUAAAUACAAUAAGUGCGGAGGAUUCGCCGAUAUCAAAAAAGGUUGUCAAACUAAUCCAAGUGUGCAAUGAACGCGAUAAGACCAAAUUAAAAAAUGAACGUCUGUCGGAUGUGGUAAUAAAUAACAAUGAUUUUCAAGAUUCGUUCUUUAUGAAUAUAUAUAAGGCUGGAAAAAAGGAAGAUUCUGAUAUCGACGGAGAUAUGGAAGAGUUCGAAUACGGGGAACAAUCUGGCGUGGAUGAAAAAAAUGCGAAUAACGAGAGCAUCGAUGAUUACAAUUCUAAUUUAUGCAUACAGGAGGACGCUCAACAAAAACCUUCCACGAGCCGUGCACAUACUCAUGUAAAUAGCAAUGACGCAGAUUCUACAAAGAAAAGCAGUAAAGAAACUUCAGUGCAAGAUUCCUUGGUACGAUUACGAGAUAUAUUUCCAAAUUUGGACAAUAUAGACCCUGAUAUUCUGCUAUUGUUGCCGGCGAAUUUGCAGGAGGAAGCAAGAAUGUAUAUGAAAUCGCGAGACGCAACAAAGAAGCAAGAAAACGUAAAGGUGGUUCGAGAUUUGCCAAAGACGGGGAAAGGAAAACCUAACAAAUCCAAAAUCGUCAACAAAAAUGGCAAGGGACAUAAUCCUUUGUCCAAUUUUCUGAUCAAAAUUGAUUCGAGCGAGUGCGAUGUGCAUCUGGAGCGAUGCGCCGAAUGCAAUCAAAUGAUACCCAUAACGAAAUUUUGCGAACAUGUGGAUUUUCAUGUCGCGCAAAAUUUGAACUGCGAGAUCAACAAGCCCGCAUCGAGCGAGAAUGGCCUAAAAAGGAAACUCGGGGAUGCCGAAGCUAUUGUUACUUCUGUUAAACGUCCAACAUCGAGCAAUAACCACGAAACCCGACCGAUAACUACGUUUCUCUCGUAGCUCUCAUCUAUGAAUCAAAUAAAUUUUAUCAUUGAUUAUGUGUCUCUCAUUACUUAUGUAUUACGUGCCUCAUGCAAUCAUAGAAAAAAAUUUAAUAUGUAUAUAUUUUGUACAAUUGUAUAUAUAUAUAUAUAUAUAUUUAAACUAGAAACCAGAAAUAUGUUUGAACUUUCUUAAAAAAAUGUCUGAAAUAAAUUUUUAUAAUCAUUAGUAGAUAUUAACACUUUUACACAUUAAAAUGUUAUAAUAAAUCAUA